AACACACAACCACCUCACCUCGCAUAAUGGACGUCGACCAGCCAUCAUCGUCCACCACGCCCCUCGUCUUCCUCGAGAAGGCCGAGGCGGCCGCCCCCGCCGCGCUCCAGCCGUCGUGGACCAAGAUCCGCACGACGUACGAGAAGAAGCUGUGGCACAACCUCACCGUCUCGCUCGUCGAGUUUGUCUUCCUCCCCGGCUCGGGGCCGUACCAGAUCGAGCUGUUCCACAAGUUUAUCACGACGAUCGAGUCCAAGAUCAACGCGCUCAAGCUCGUCGAGAUUGCGCGUCGGGUCGGAAGGGAGUACUCUGAACCCGACCUCACGCUCAAGUUCCUCCAGUCGGUGCACUCGCGCCUUGCGUCGCCAUACCCCGUCGCCGCGACCGACGACACGCCCGCCGUCCCCGCCCCGCCCCCUCCUGCCACCGAGGCGGUUGCCCUCUCGCUCUCGUCGAUCGCAUACGCCCAGCUCCUGCUCGGCGACCUUGCCGGCUGCAAGAAGAGCCUCGACGAGUGCGAGAAGCUCCUCAGCGAGCAGGACACGGUCGCGCCCGUCGUCAAUGCCGGCUACUAUGCCGUCGCUGGCGACUACUACAAGGUCAAGGCCGACUAUGGACCGUACUACAAGAAUGCGCUGCUGUACCUCUCGUCAGUGGACGUCGACCGCGAGCUCACCCCCGAGGACCGCAAGGCGCGCGCACACGACCUGUGUAUUGCCGCGCUGUUGGGCGAGACGAUCUACAACUUUGGAGAGCUGCUGCAACACCCUAUCCUGCAGACACUAGACGGCACAGAGUACGGCUGGAUCAAGGACCUGAUCUCGGCGUUCAACGCCGGCGCCAUUGGCAAGUUUGACUCGCUCACCAACCACUUUGCGUCCGAGCCCAUCCUCGCCGAGUCGGUUCCCUUCUUGCGGCAAAAGAUCUGCCUCAUGGCGCUCAUCCAGGCGGCGUUUGAGCGUCCCCGCGACGGCUCGACCCGUCUCAUGACGUUUGAGCAGAUUGGCGAGGCGACAAGGCUCCCGGUGCAGGAGGUCGAGCACCUCAUCAUGAAGGCGCUGUCUCUGGGCCUGAUCCGGGGCUCGCUCGACCAGGUCUCGUCGACCGUCGACAUCACCUGGGUCCAGCCCCGUGUCCUUGAGGGAUCGCAGCUCGACACGCUCGCCGAGCAGUUUGGCCACUGGACCGACGCGGUCGGCGAGACGGCCAACGGCGUGCAGGGGCUCGAGCACGGCGUCGUGGCCAACGGCCUCGUCCCCGCCGCUCUGGCGUAGAUCGUUUUUGUGGUGUGACGACGUAGGCAGCAGUAGACAAUGUACAGCAUGGCAGAGACAUAUGCAUCUCCGGCAG